ACCUGGAAUGUUAUGUUAUGUAAUUACAUAUAUGUAUAUGUAUGUACACACAACUUGUAAAGCCCUACAGACUAAUCCGUGCUGAUUUUCAUCACCCCGUGGGAUCUUUUUUAAAUGCAAUUAUAGAAUAAUUGUCCCUAUUUGUAAAUACAUAUUUAUUUUAAUCGAUUCAUUUCCAGUAAAGUGAGCACGAAAUAGAAAUUUCCCUGCACCAGUUAAAUAAAUAAAUACAUAAUUAAAUAAAUAUACUAAAAUUAGUCCUAACCAAUUUUUUCAACAUUCAUAUUUGUGGCCUCUUACUCAAUUAAUAGUAAUUAUGUUACUUUUAAUUAUUUUUAUCACGGUAGCGAUACCGACGCUGUAUUCCAUUUACAUCCAAAAUUUUACCACAAGGGCAAAAAAAAUUAAUAAAUUUCCGGGCGGAAGACGCUAUCCCGUUGUUGGAAAUGCUUUCCAAAUUUUUCAAACUCCGGAUGGCGUUAUCGACCGGAUAACCGAGUACUUUCGCAAGUUUGGAUCAUGUUGUCGAGUUUGGCGUUUCAAUUCGCCAUACAUAUUUGUUGCCGAGCAUCGAACUACGCACCAAAUUCUGUCGUGUCCCACCCACAUCGACAAAGGACUGGAUUAUGUCCUCCUACGAAAAAAAUUUGGCGAUGGACUUCCUUUUUCUAAUGUCGCCAAAUGGAAGCAGGACCGAAAAAUCCUCAAUACUGGCUUAAAAUCGGGAAUGUUUACAGGAUUUUUGCACGUUUUCAACAAGCAUGGGCAAAGGUUAAAAACCGAGCUGGCCCAAUUUGAUGGAACAGUGGCGUCGAAUUUUCACCCUGUCUUGUCCGAGUGUGCCCUCGGCAUCGUCUACGAAUCUCUCCUCGGCCGGAAGAAUGUCUCAGACACUGGGAAAAUAUCGUCAGACUCUGAAAUUGCUCAAAGUAUAAGAAAAAGUGCGGAUGGGGUUAAAACCUCUUUGCUCAAACCGUGGAUUGUCAGAUUUUCCAAGAGAAAACGUGACGAGAAGAACAGUUUCAAUGGAAAAGUGACCCGAGAAGUUUUACAGUAUAUCAGCGACAAAAAUGAGACACUGAUCUCCAAUCAAUACUCUGACCCAGAAGAAGCCAAAUGUUUGAUGGAUAUUCUUCUAGACCCUCAAAUUCCACGUAGUAUUCAAGAUAUUGCUGACCACGUCAAAAACUUCUUGGCCGCGGGCUCGGACACGACCAGUAAUUCGUUAAAUUUCACUCUUUUCCUCCUCGCUGCCAAUCCUCACCAUCAAGACCUCGUUGCAGAAGAGCUUCGCAAAAUUUUUGGCAAACAAGGGAUCACUGGUCUAAUAACUUUUGAGCAAGUUCGGGAAAUGCAUUAUUUGGAGAUGUGCAUAAAAGAAUCGCUACGAAUAUUUCCACCCGUCCCAAACUUUUCGAGGAGGAUGAAGGAAGAUGUCAAACUCAAUUGGUGCGAUUUAACGAUUCCGGAAGAUGUUGACGUGGUAUUCAGCGUUAUUCAUAUGCACAGGGACAAGGAAAUAUUUCCUAAACCGGAAAUAUUCGAUCCGCUGAGGUUCACCUCGGAAAAUAUUGCAACACGACCGCACUCUGCUUUCAUCCCUUUCUCGGCAGGGAUACGCAAUUGCAUUGGUCAAAAGUAUGCCAUGAUUGAAAUGAAGGUCCUCCUCGCAUUGAUCAUAUCCGAUUACGCCUUUGCGACAAACGUUUCCCAAGACGAAGUUCGUCUCACAUACGGCUUUAUAACCGGACCUACGAAACCUCUCUAUAUGACGAUAACUCCAAGGAACAAAAUUUAGCAUGAAAUAAAUAAUUUAUUAAAUGCAUAAUAACAAAUAAAACAUUACCCGUAAUUUUUAAUUUCAUAAUGAAC